AUGUCCAACAUUGACGCCGAGGAGCAGCGGUACAGGCAGGAGGUGGAGGAGGUUAAGAAGUGGUGGACCGACUCGAGAUGGCGAUACACUCGCAGGCCUUUCACCGCGGAGGAGAUUGUUGCGAAGAGAGGAAACUUGAAGAUCCAGUAUCCCAGCAACGCGCAAUCAAAGAAGCUUUGGAAGAUUGUUGAGGAGAGGUUCAAGAACGGAGAUGCCAGCUUCACUUAUGGCUGUCUCGACCCUGUCAUGGUCACACAGAUGGCCAAGUACCUCGACACCGUAUAUGUUUCCGGAUGGCAAUGUUCGUCGACUGCUUCUACGACCGAUGAGCCCGGUCCGGAUCUGGCAGACUACCCCAUGACAACUGUCCCCAAUAAGGUUGGGCACCUCUUCAUGGCACAGCUCUUCCACGACCGUAAGCAGCGCGAGGAGCGCCUCACCACCCCCAAGGAGAAGCGCUCAAAGGUUGCCAACACCGAUUUUCUCCGCCCCAUCGUCGCCGAUGCCGACACUGGUCAUGGUGGCCUGACUGCCAUCAUGAAGCUCACCAAGCUCUUCAUUGAGAAAGGUGCUGCCGGUAUCCACAUAGAAGACCAGGCUCCCGGAACCAAGAAGUGCGGACACAUGGCUGGAAAGGUGCUGGUGCCCAUUAGCGAGCAUAUCAACCGCCUUGUUGCCAUCCGCGCCCAGGCCGAUAUCAUGGGCACUGAUCUCCUCGCCAUCGCGCGUACCGACUCCGAAGCUGCCACCCUCAUCACCUCCACCAUCGAUCCCCGCGACCACUACUACAUCAUGGGGUCCACGAACCCCGCCCUGCAGCCCCUCUCCGAGCUCAUGUACGCCGCGGAGCAAGCCGGCAAGAACGGCGCCGAGCUCCAGGCCAUCGAGGACGCGUGGACCAAGGAAGCCAACCUCAAGCUCUUCCACGAGGCCGUCAUCGACACCAUCAAUGCCGGCGUGCACGUCAACAAGAAGGAACUCAUCAGCCAGUUCCUGGCGCAGAGCAAGGGCAAGAGCAACCAGGAGGCCAGGGCCAUCGCCAAGGGUCUCACUGGCGUGGAUAUCUACUUUGACUGGGAGGCCGCCAGGACCCGCGAGGGUUACUACAGGUACCAGGGCGGAACGCAGUGCGCCAUCAACCGCGCCGUCGCGUAUGCGCCGUAUGCGGAUAUGAUCUGGAUGGAGAGCAAGUUGCCCGACUAUGCGCAGGCGAAGGAGUUCGCCGACGGCGUGCACGCCGUGUGGCCCGAGCAGAAACUGGCUUACAACCUCUCCCCCUCCUUCAACUGGAAAGCCGCCAUGCCCCGCGAGGAGCAAGAAACCUACAUUGCCCGCCUCGCCAAACUCGGCUACUGCUGGCAAUUCAUCACCCUGGCCGGCCUGCACCAGACUGCCCUCAUCUCCGACACCUUCUCCAAGGCGUACGCGAAGCAAGGUAUGCGCGCCUACGGCGAGAUCAUCCAGGAGCCCGAGGGCGAGCGGGGUAUCGAGGUCCUCACGCAUCAGAAGUGGUCUGGCGCCAACUACGUUGAUAACAUGUUGAAGAUGGUGACGGGUGGUGUGAGCUCGACGGCCGCAAUGGGUAAGGGAGUUACGGAGGAUCAGUUCAGAACCACAUACUAG